CUCGGGGGGUCACGCACGCCGCCUGAUCGCAGCCCCUCCCCUCCUCUCGCUUUAUUUUUUUGCGCGUGUGGCUAUUUGUUUUUGGGUUGCCGUUGUAACUUUACGCGUAGUUCUUUUUUUCUUCUUCCAUAUUCAUUCCGCGGCGGCGAUGUCCGACUUCAAGCUGGGCAUCGUGAGGCUGGGACGAGUGGCCGGCAAGACCAAGUACACUCUCAUCGACGAGAGGGACAUCCCGCUGGUCGAGAGCUACGCUUUUGAGGCAAAGAUGGAGAUAGAUGCAGAUGGGAACGGGGCACGAAUCUUCGCUUUUGUCUUUGACUUGAACAAGGGUCGUAGUUCGGGCUGCUGGCUACACGAGAUGCUGUGGGAGCGGCACCAAGGAGGGAUUGCCACGGGGUUCACGGUGGUGCACAAGAAUGGAGUGACUGUGGACAACCGAUUGGACAACUUGGAGCUGGUGCACACCAACAUGAAGCCGGUCGUGGAAGAGAUCCCUAGGAAGCAGAGGCAACAGAGUUUGUAUUGGCUGGCCAUCCAGCAGCUACCGAGUGACCCGAUUGAGGAGCAUUUCCCCGAGCUGGGAGUCCUGCGGUACUACAACGCCAAUGGAGAGGCAGUAACGGAGGGAGAGGAGGAGAGUGGGGCCUACUACGAGUGUCACUACCCCCCUUGUACUGCAAUCGAGAGACAGCUGCGAGAAUUUCACAUCUGCGGGCGCUGCAAAGCCGUGCGCUACUGUGGCUCGCAGUGCCAGCAGCGCGACUGGCCGGCGCACAAGAAGCGAUGCCGAGAGCGGAAGCGUUCGAGUCACCCGGCGCUGGAGCCCGAGCGGUGACUUCCCCUGCUGCGUAUUUCUCCUUGCGUCGUUGAGCAAGGCCUGCGGAGAGUGAUGGGAGGCGGCAGCGGUGCCCGCCCACCGUGCCACUUCACCCUUCCUGGACUCUGUUACUUUUAAUGAGAAGAGGUUUUCGCUGGAUUUACAAAUGCUGCACUACUUAUGUUCGCGCGUCUGGGUGGCCUCUACACAAUGUGCGCUGUUGGAUGAAGGAUUUUAAGAAUUGUUCAGCAGCCAUACUGCGAAAGUUUUGAACUAUUCGCAAUUCCCUCAAUUUCACAACUGCUACCUUCAUUGUACAUAACAAGCAAUGGUUUUUAAGCCGAAAUAAUAAGUACAGUUUUUUCAUACGCGUUAUUGGGAAAUGUUAUUUAUAAGUUUCAAUUUGCAUUCUGAUAUUUUCAAAUGGAAUAAAUCACUUAAAUUAUUUGUAACUUGCGGAUAGAACAUCCAACUUCCUUUUUUAUUAUUUUAACUUGGGAGCAGUUUUGAAUGUUGUAAGCUAGUUGUGGUUUUCUUGGCAGUAAUGGUUUUUUACUGCAGUGUUGAUUAUUGUCAAAUCGGAUCGUCAUUUACAAAUGGUGCAGUUGACGAAAGUGUUUCAGUCGGCUUAUAUUCCCUACUUGGAUUAAGAUGUGACCAAGUGAAACUGAUUAUGGUUCACUCGUGCUACACAAAUUGUGGCUUUUGACACUAAGCAAAUGUACUUAAAAGUUCACAGCGUUACCGUUUGCCAAAGUAUGUGGUGUUGGGUUGUUGAUUGUUAUUUGCAGCCAUUGACAAUGUUGCAUAUGGCAUCAAACGUGGGUACUUUUGCAGAUCUGUUAACAAUUUCCACUGGAAGCAAGAAGCAACAGUUUUAAGAAUCGAUCGCUGGAUUUGAGCAGUUUGAUAUUUCAUACGUGUACCAUCAUUAAACAGUGCAUACUUUCUCUGGGUAAAAUUAUGACGUAAAAACAUAAUCGGUAAGGUAUGAUGGCUGCGUAAGGGCAAAAGGGAAAGUUGGACAUGCAUAACGCAUUGCCUGGUUCAUCUUCUUGGUUCUUUCGGUAAAGUCACGUAGAAGGGAAGUAAUAAAAUAAUAGAAAUAAAACAAUAAAAUCAAAUAAUUUUCACGACGUUUCGGCUACAACGCAAGCAGCCGUCUUCAGGUGAAGGAGAAUUAUUUGAUUUUAUUAUGUUUUAUUAUUUUAUUACUUCCCUUCUACAUGACUUUACCGAAAGAACUCAGAAGAUGAAUCCCUGCAGUCACGAAAGCUUUAAAUCGAAGCAUUGCCUGGUUGGCUGGAAUUUGACUGUCAGGGAAUUAACAAGUAUGUCUUGUUGACACGUGUCACUUUUUGAGCAGAAAUCUGCACCUCUGCUGGCCACUUGAAAGGCUCGUAAACGCAUCUGUUGGGCAUUUAUUUUGCCUGCACGGAGGUAAAUAAAUGACCUGUGAUUUGCAAAAUGCUGGUGCUUGUAUUGAACGGGAAAGUAAGUAAAACGUUUCUUGCCGUUUUUAAACAAGGGUGCCUGCUUUGCAUAGUGGUUUCUUUGUGCGUAUUGGAUGUUGGCUCAUUGACCCGUUGAAACACAUUCACUGCUGUGAUUUUAUUAAAAUGUCGGUAAAAUAAAGAAGGUAAAAUAUC